AUGGCGCUUCUCCUCACAUCGACUGCCGUUCAGACUGUUGUCACAAAUACCAUAAUCCUAGUUCAGGAAGUCAUCACCGAGUUUGCUGGCAGCGUCAGUGAUGUUCCACGACAAGUUCAAGGCGUCGCUGAAGGCGUAGAAAAGAAAUUGGACGCCGAGGUCGACGUGCCCCCGUAUCCAACAUCGCGCAUAUACCCACUCAGCUCCAAGCGGCGUAUUCAGCGGACGACUAAAUUAACACUCCGCACCUCUGCUCCGAUGAUGCCCAGACGCCAGACGGAUUCCGCUGCAGAGGGAAUUCAAGCAAUAUUGGCUGAAGCCCAUCGAGAUGCACGUUAUAUCGCAGCCCUAAAGGUCCUUCUCUCACUGUUUGAGAAGUGCCUCUCCAUUCAUUUGGCUGUACCUGGGGGACAUGCUGUCGUAGCCCAGUGCUCCGUCCCACAGGUUCAAGUCCAUCGCGCUGCAGACGCUAAGACUUUGCUUCAACGUUUGGUGUCAGGAAAAUCUCUAGAUCCGCUCUGCGCCUCAUUCAACAACCUCGUGGCCGCUGUCGCAUCUGUCCCGCGUGAAGACCAUGCGGUCGUUCAACUUCAUGCUUACUUUACGGAGCUCAGAGGGUGCCUGGCGCUUGCAUCUCUGCCUGAAGACCAUACUACCGUCCGACUACUUCGUAUCUUGACGACUCUUUCAACGGACAUUCAUGAUUAUCUAUCAUCCGUUCGUUCACCCCUCCGCAAGAGGCGCACUUUACUUUUCGGAAGCGAUCUGGAACGACGUCGUCGUCGUCGUGGUCGCCAUGAACGCAUUGCAUUCUUCUCGCUCAUGCGGACCAUAUUUAAGCCUGAUGGAGCGGUGAUCAUUCCAACGUUAAUAUUCAUAUCGACGGCGUUUUUGCGGGAGCGAUACAUAGUGUUUGGACGAUCUGGGGGUAUUCCUUCAUUGGGGCACGAAGAUGAGGGUGUAUUAGGCCUUGACUUUGGGUUGGGUGGGCUUGGCGGGGCCAUCAUCGGCAUAUUACUCUGUCUCCAUGAGUUCACCCCCUUGAUGGAUUUGAAACACUGGAUUUUGAUUUUGAAUGAGCCUGCUUACGCAGAUCAUCCUGCCUCUGGUCAAGUGGUUCGUACGAAGGGAGCUAAGAGAAGGUUGGUGGAACAAUGGCAAUCAAUGGCUUGGCUUGGCUUGGCUUGGCUCAUGACCUGCACGCUGUCCAAGGUGAAACGCAAAAAAGGACGCGGCGGACAAUCAUGGUGGACUGCUAUCAUGAACGUAAUAGCUUCGGGACAGCUGUUUGGCAGAUCCCCCCAGCUGACAGACCAGAUCGCGUGGAAGCAGACACUGCAUGCGGAGGAGCGACCCGUGGAUGUGGAGCAACGAGUGAGAGAAGAAGUCGAUGCUGUCGGGGAAUUGAUUGAUAGUAACCGGAGACAAACUUGCGCACGUGCGGAGAGUAGGGGAAAGGGAACGCCGUGCGGGGGAGGAGGCCUCCCUGAGACGAUGUGCACGCAGCCCGAGGGGGGAUCUGAAUUGCCGGGCGAGGUACUGGAUAAAACGUGUGUGGGUUUAGGUCCAGGGUCGCGCCGCUAG